GGCGGCUUCAUCAAGAUGGCGGGGGGGGGGCCGCAGAGGCCGUUUGAAUUCCGAGCCAGCCGCCAAACUCGGACAAUAACAGCUCGGGUCGCCGCCGGGGAAGUCGCAGCAGCUGCUCGCCUGCUCGCCCCUCCUUCCCUCUCUCCCGUGUUUCCAGCUAUGGACUCGCUGCCGGGGGAAGACCCCACUUUGCCGUUGGAGUUCAGCUGCAGUGUGAAUAUGGCCAACCUUCUUGAUGCAUCGGGAGAUGAAGUCCGAAUUCGUCUGGGAGGUGAUGGAGCAUUACCAGAUGUGGCGGAAGACACAGUGUCACCAACUAGAGCACGGACAAUGAAGGACUUUGAAAAUCAAAUAAUUGAGCUCCGAAAAGAGAAUUUCAACCUGAAACUUCGCAUAUAUUACCUGGAAGAGCGCAUGCAGCAGAAAUUUGAUGGUACCAAUGAAGACAUCUACCGAAUUAACAUUGAACUCAAAGUUGAAUUGGAAAGCUUGAAACGAGAACUGCAGGAGCGAGAACGAUUGCUCAUCAAGGCUUCUAAAGCAGUGGAAAGCUUGGCUCAAGGUGGUGAUGCUGAAAUCAAGCGUCUGAAGGAAGAGGCUCAUAAGGAAGUCCAGCAAGUGGAAGAAAGCUUGAAGUGCAAGAUAAGCCACUUAGAGGAGGAUCUUAAGGUAGCGAAGGAAGAAGCAGAGAAGGCCUUUGCAAUGACGGAGCAGGAGAGAGUACUAAGACUUGCAGCCGAACAACAACUUUGUUUGAUUACAAAUAGCCAGUCAAAGGCUCUGGAUGUGAUGACAGCACUUGAAGAAAAGGACAGAUGUAUUGAGCAACUGAGUCUGUCUCUGAAAAAUAAAGAAGCUUUAAUCCAGUGCUUGGAAGCAGCAGAGUCCCGAAAUAGAUCUUCGGAGGAGAGUUUGUCAGAAGAAACAAUCCAAGAUCAUCCUGGUGCUUUAGUGCUUGAGAAAGAGAAGGAGUUGGAGGCGCUUAGAACAGAAUUCUACAAUGCAAAAGAUGACUUGGAAAAAAAGAUCGCGUCACUCCAGAAGGAACUUCAGGAACGAGAGAUGGAGCUUUCUGUCGAAAAGAUAAAUGCUUUGAAACGAGACAAAACUAUCCAGGGAUUAGUCCUUGCUGUAAAAGUGAAAGAAAAGGAGAAUGAAAAACUUUGCUCUGAAAUAGAAGAUUUAAACACAUCAUUGGCUGAGGCCACCCAUAAAAUUCAGAUGCGGACAUUCAAGGGUGUUGAAGAUCCUCAGACUCUCUUGAUGGAAAAAGAAAGUCUCCUGUCGGAUUUGCGUUCUGAAAACCUGACCAAAGAUGUAGAGAACCAUAAUCUUCAAAGGAAAGUUAAGAAGACCGAACAAGAGUUGCAUGAUUUGAAUCUUGAGAAAGAGACAUUAGUAAAGGAACUAGAAGAGGCUCAGCUACAGAAAAGUAGAAGUGACAAAGCCAUUAAUGACCUUAGAAACCAGCUAGAAAAAUUUCACGAUGAAAUGGCUGACAAAGAAAAGGCCCUUGAGCUUCAUUACAGUGUUCUCUUGAGUGAAGGCAAUCAGAAAUUGCAGAGCCAGGAAUUAGUUAUCACACACCUCACAGCCAGCGUUGCUCAGAAGGAUGAGUUACUCCAGAAACUUGAUGGAGUGAUUAAAGAAAAGGCCAUGGAGUUUCAGACUCUUUUAAAAGAUAAAGAGGAUCUUCAGAAGCAGAAUGAAGAUUUAGAAAAGGAGAAGUGUGCUCUCCAGUCACAGCAGCCAGUGAUCCAGAUGAUCCCAGAUUUAGAGAAAACAAAGGAAUCUGAAUUUGCAGGAAUAAUGGAAGGUCUACAGAAAGAGCGUGACAUUUUUUCAGCUCUAAUAAAGUCCCUGCAAGAUACUGAUAGCAUAAAUAACCUUCAAGAAGAGUUGCACAACAUUUCUGUAUUGCGUAAGCAACUAGAAGAUGACAUCUUAGCGAACUGGAAUUUGCGAAUACGGCUGGAAAGUCAAAUCAAAGCUAACAGAAGAGAAGAGGAAACCAUAUCUUCUUUGGGAGAACAGACGUCUUACAUGAGCAUUUGUUUAAGAGACCAGGGUGGUUUGGAGUUGCAGUUGGACCAGCUGUCUCAUGAGGAGCUUAAGAGAAAGGUUGCUGAACUCCUCUCAGUCAUGAAGGAGCUGCAUUUGGCAAAUCAAAACCUUAAAAAAAAUCAACUUGAAAUCUCCACAUUGGAUAUUGUGGCAAAGGAAAGCCAGGAUACUCUACAGAGUGAGUUCCUUGAAAGAACAGAAGAAAGUCAGACUCUGACAGAAGCUUUCAAUGACCAGACAAACAGCCAGAGCGGCCAAUCUACUGAGACGCCCAAUGAGCAGGCAACACCUUCAGAUUAUUCGGAUAUACAGUGUGUGAAUCUAAAUAAGCCUGGGUUUGAACAUGAGCUGGCUGAUGGCAAAUGCUUUGGCAGAAGCACAACAGGGGAAAAAGGCGAAGCUCAAGAGAGUGGUUUGCUCAUGUCUCUUUUAAAUGAAAAUGGAGUGGCACUUCUUGGAUCUAGAGAAGAACAAAUACAAAUUGCAAAUAACCUGUUAGAUCAUCUGAACACAAACGAGCGAGACAGUUCAAGUGGCCAUCUAGAGAAUAAAGAUGAGAAAGAUCUUAAGCAACUGAUUAUUCAGCUAAGAACUGAACUUGAGCAGCAAAGGCAAGCAAAUAAAUUCCUGAAGCUGCAAGUCGAAUCCAAAUCUCCUUUGACUGAGGAAGAAGGGCUUGAUCCCAAAACAAUGCUACAGAUUAAUGCGGAUAUUGGAUCAUCAAAAGUUGAAGUGAAAGCUGUAGCUACUCAAACAGGGACUGUUGAAGGUAACAUCGUGGGACUGAAACAUGAAGGCCAAAUAGCAACCUCUGAAUACAAAGCAGCAUCUUCAAGAUUAAAUAAAGAACCUUGGCGUGAGAGAGCUUCUGCAAAGAGUGAACAGGAAGAGAUCCUUCGGCGUACAAGGAAAAUGAACAAAAGUGAUCCUUGCCAGCCAUUCAAGAAAUCCUGUUUGCCUGUUUUACUGAAAUUAUCCAAGUCAUUAGAAAGCAUCUCCUUAAAGGACCCCAUCAGGAAGCCAGACAUGCAACUUCAACAUCGCAUCUUUACCUUGGAUGAAGAUCUGAAGGAAAGAAUUAUGCAGCCACUUCAUGAUGAAUUGCAGACAAGUGAAGUUGUGAGUGAGAGAUCUGCUCAGGAAGGGAUAUUACUAGGAGCUGAGUCAUUGAUCAGAGUAAAUGGCUCUGAAGUGGAUGUCACCUUGGUCAGUGGUGAAAGCAAAGGUGAAACAGCCAAGGAUUCAAGCAGCAGCCAAGAAACAGAAAUUACCACACCUGAGUCAAAGCUUGCUAUGAAAGAGCUAAAUCAAGAGUUUGCUUUCUCAGAGAAGGAAGAUGUUGAUGCAACUACCACAUACUCAGAUUCUAGGAGCCUGCUUUCACUCAGCUUCAGAAUUAAAAGCCUAGAUGCAUUUGACUAUGAAGCUACUGAUGACGUUGAAGAAUUGAGACAAAGAAUUAAGAUUCUGAAGGCUGAACUGGCAAAGUACAGGAUGCUGAUGAUCUCCUUUGAGCCUGCCAAGCAACUCCCUGCUGGUGAUAUUUUAAGUACAACUCAGAAUGAUGGAGAGCUGCCCACAGACCACCCUUUUCUUCCCAUAAUAGAUGCCAGUAGACCAGAAUUGCAGACAUUCUUUGAUGAGCAUCUGCAAGAUGAGCCUCAAAUCCGCAUCAAGGAUCUCACAUCUCAUGACUUGGAGCAACAAAAUGAAAAAAAACUUCAAAAGCUGAAGGAGCUGCUAUCAGAGAAUGAGAUGGAGUUGGAAAAAGAGCAGAUUGCAAACAUACAUCUUCUGGAUGAGGUGUGCCGUCUGCAAAAUAAACUUAAAGGAGUUUCACUGGCCAGGCAUGAUUCCCCAGUCCACUCUCCAGUACAUGAGCAGUCUUACCAGCGUCAGAAAAUUCAAGAGAUCCACAGCAUCUGUGCAACUUACCGCCAGCACCUGUCCAAUUUGAUCAGAGCUUUUGAGGAGCUCUUGCAGGCCAGCGAAGUGGAUUAUUGUGUUGCAGAGGGCUUUCGCGAACAGCUGAAUCAAAGCGCCCAGCUGUUUGAGAGGCUGGAACAGCAGUGUCUGUAUGGAGAGUCAAUAGAUGAUGAAAUGACUCAACUGUGUGGCCUUGCACGAAGUUUAUCUGACUUUGAGAUGCAACAAAAGCCAUCCUCUUUGGAAUCCCCCAGGCCUGAAAAAGAAGAAACAGAGGGCGAGAGGGAAAACCUGGCAAUCAUGCCAGCCAAAUUCCCCCCAGAGUUGUUGAUGGAGCAUCUCCAAGAAAUACGAAUGUUGAGGCACCAGCUUGAGGAAUCCAUCAGAACCAACGACCGACUAAGGAAGCAACUUGAGCAACAAGUGUCAGACUCUGCUCAGGAGCAAGGUUCUGCAAACAUUUGUAUUCGUGGCUCGGAGCAACAUAAUUCCCUGACUUCUGAAAUUCAUUUCCUGAGGAAGCAAAAUCAGGCUUUGAAUAUGAUGCUGGCAAAAGGAUCUCGAGAGAAACAAAAGGAAAAUGAAAAGUUGAGAGAAUCCCUGUCGAAGAAGCUCCUUGCUGCCGAGCGCCUUCACAAGGACUACGAGCACCUCAAGAAGGAGAAGGAGAAACUGCAGAAGCAGCUUGGGAAGCAAGAGGAAGAAAAUGGGCAUCUGACUCAUGAUAUUUACAGUGUUAGAAACGAACUAAACAGGCUGCAAAUUGAGCUGAACGCCAAACAGCAUCAGCUGUCAGAGAAUGACAAAUUACUACACUCACUACAACUGGAGCUGAAGGUAUAUGAAAAGUUAGAUGAAGCAAUCAGAAGUCAAAAAGAUCUCGCCCGUGACGGAUCGGAUGAAUGCUGGAAAGAUCAAAUCAAUCCACUUGACUUGCAUGAACUAUUGACUGAAAUACAGAACUUCAGAAUGCAGCUUGAAAGGAGCAUCAAGGCAAACAAGAUGUUGCAUGAAAAAUUGGAAGAGCAGCUUUCCAGAGGAAAGAGAGAGGGAGAUAGCUUGGGGUCAACUGUAAAUAUCGGCUGCCUUUUAAAGCAAGAAUUGCAGCAUUUCACUGGGAUAAAUGAUCUUAAAUUUUCUGCUGUGGACAGCAAUGUCAUUGAAUUGCAACGGAUGUAUGGAACCUGCAUAGCGCCACGGAAUGCAGAUACAGAGCUGGCUGUGGAUAAUUCAGACAGUUCCUCCCGAUACAACUCACCAGCAAACCAUUCCAGUGACUCUUGCCUCAUUCCCAGCCAUUGUGUGUGGGCAGACAAAAAUGGCCGGCACAUCCUUGGCUUGAUCGAAGAUUAUAACUCUUUACGGAAGCAAAUCUUGGAAGGGCGGAAAAGGUUGUCUGAGCUGGAACUUCUUCUGAAAGAAGCAGGACUGCAGGAACUGGGAGUGACGGCUCCACAGCUGGCAUCCCUGAGCAGGCUUUCUGCAACCAUUUGUGCGAUCCAGCAUAACCUAGAAGAAGCUGCCCGUUUGUUGAAGCUCCUUUGGAGAGUCUCCCUCCCAAUGAAAGUUGUCCACAAUGUUGGUUACGCGUUUCAGGAUGAACACAUGAAAGCAGAAAUAAACAAGCUCCGUCGGAAACUGGCCGAGCAGGAAAAGAGGCUGCACUGCACAGUCAAAUGCUUACAUGCUACCAACCAGCUGAAAGAAAACAUGGAGAGAGUCAUCAUUGAUCAGUUGGCUUUAACUCAUGAUGUCUUAAGGAAGGCGCGAGGAAACCUUGAAGUUCAGCCAGCUGAAAACAAGACAUCAGCCUCCAGCCUCAGCAGGAAAAGGGUUUUGUGAAGGUUCUGCUUCCCCUAAUAAAGACCAUUUCCCCCCUACUGAGCCUAUUCUUUUGACCUUUUCUUUGCUCUCAAGGCCUUAAUGCUUAGUUUACUUCAAGCAGGUUGUCCUAGCAAGGCUGCCAGGCACCCUUGCUAGAAAAACAAGCCUCAGAAAAACCACUUGCUUUAACAUAUAUAACAAAAUAAAAUAAAAAAUCCUUCCAGUAGCACCUUAGAGACCAACUAAGUUUGUAAUUGAUAUGAGCUUUCGGGUGCAUAUAUCACAAAGUUGGGAUUCAAAUGUUGAUGGUGAUGACAGCAAGAUGAUUAAGGACAUGAUGGUCAAGGACUUCUCUUUUCUUCCUUUCUGGGUCCCUAGCCCCCUUCCAAGCUAUGGUUUUCCCAGUAGUGAUGUUUGGAAGUGAGAGCUGGACCAUAAAGAAGGCUGAUCGUCGAAGAAUUGGUGCUUUUGAAUUAUGGUGCUGGAGAAUACUCUUGAGAGUCCCAUGGACUGCAAGAAGAUCAAACCUAUCCAUUCUGAAGGAAAUCAGCCCUGGGUGCUCACUGGAAGGACAGAUCUUGAAGCUGAGGCUCCAAUACUUUGGCCACCUCAUGAGAAGAGAAGACUCCCUGGAAAAGACCCUGAUGUUGGGAAAGAUUGAGGGCACUAGGAGAAGGGGGCGACAGAGGACAAGAUGGUUGGACAGUGUUCUCAAAGCUACCAACAUGAGUUUGACCAAACUGCGGGAGGCAGUGGAAGACAGGAGUGCCUGGCAUGCUCUGGUCGAUGGGGUCACAAAGAGUCACACACGACUAAACAACAACAACUGCUGGAAAUCUUCCAACUGCUGGAAAUCUUCUCUUCUGUAUGCUUUUUGAAUCAUGGUACGAAAUGACAGGGCAAAAGGUAAACUCAUUGCCACAGCUUCAAGGCAUUGGGAGCAAAAGACUGGGUGGCAGAAAUUUAAUUGUGCCUUGGUGGUUUGCUUGAUGUUUUUGUUUGUUUGUUUGUUUGUUUGGGUUUUUGUUGUUUGUUUGGGUUGGUUGUUUUUUGGGAAUGUGAGAUGCCAUGAAUAAUAAUUAUAUUUUUAAAUGCAUUGUGAUUAUUUGUUUGGAGGAUUUAACUAAAAACAACCUGGUGCACAGCACUAAGCUUCUAAUCUAGAUCAUCACUUCAAUCUGAUAAAAGGUUGGAAUCAAAUGUUCUGUUUUGCAAGACUAACUCCUAGCUGUUCUUUCCCCCCUUUUUGUCACAGAAUGUUACAUCUUUGAAGCAAAGAUCACAUUUUAGCCUAUGGGAAUUGGCCAGCUAAAAGUACCCUUGACCAAACACAUCUAGCACGAAACAAAAAAAUGUGUGUGCUUCCUCUUUGUUUUUGUGCAUCCAUUUUUAAGGUCCUGUUUAUUCACAUGUGGAAUAAGUCCCUCCCCCCUUUUGCUUCACACAAUGUGUGAAAAGCACAAAAGCUACCUCUCCACUUAAGUGAAUGGGGCAAUCUCCCCACUCCCUUUGUGGAUGGCAUAGGUUUGCAUCAGAGCUGCUACUGCUGGAAGAUCAAGGUGAAAAUUGGGUUGCAUACCCUUGCAGUUUGCAGGUGUUGCUUUGCUUAGCUUACCCUUGACUGGAAAAAGUAUAUGCAGCUGUGAGGACUAGGAGGAUCUUCAUAUCAGUAUCUCCUCUGCCCUAAGGACAUUUCCCCCGGGGAACCUAUUCCUGUGGGCUUUAGAUAUCAGCAGGGAUGGCUAACUUGUUGCCCUGCAGGUGUGGUUUGACUCCAGCUCCCAUCAGCCCCAGCCCUCAAGGUACACAGUGAUGGAUGUUGCUCGCAAUCCGACAAUGGAGUGUGCCUCCAUGGUUGAAGUAAAACGGCUGCAUCAGCAGCACUAAGCUAUCCUCCCCAGGGUGCAAGCCUGGACAGUGUGUAUGGAGGUCCUGGGCUGAUCAAAUGAGAAGACCCCCCCCCCCUGGCCUCACUGAUGUCCAAAGGAAAGCAGAGCAAUACGUUUAGCACCAGCUUAGCUGUAGGAGUUGCCAGAAGGAAGCGUACAAAGCACCAUCCAAUCACCUUAGGGACUCCACUCUGGAUUUGUGUAGGGUUUAUUCCUUAGCCUUUUCUUCUCACCUAGGGUUGGAGACCCAUAGGCUACCCUCAGCUGGUUUAGCCGGGCAGUCAAAGCUGUUUCCCAGGGUGUGGCUACUGCUGCAUGCUGACAGCUUCUAGGAGCCACAGGUGACUGCAGGGCAGGGACCAAAGCAUCUUGGAAAGAGCAUGACUGUCCCCCACCAGAGGUACUACCACUCCCCUAACACUGCAUAAAGGGAUGAUGGGAAUUGAACUCCAGUGAGUAUCUGAAGGUCCUCAAUUUAGCUACUGCUGCUCUAAAACAUUCCUUUCUAGGUGUUCCUUUUAGAUAUAUUUUAUAAAAAUAUAUGGAAUGUGGGUUUUUUGUGUGUAUAGAGAGAGUAUUAACUGUAUCUCUGAAAUAUUUGUUGUUUACUGUAGUGUAACGCUGUCUUUGUUACUUGAUUUGCUGUUUUGUAAACUGCCCUGUACUACAUUUUGGGGGGCGGGGGCGGGGGGAGAAACACAGGGUAUGAAUCUGAUAUGUUCCAUGUAGAAAGCAACAGAAUGCUAGACUAGAUGGACUUGUUGGUCAGAUCCAGCAGGGCUGUCCUUAAUGUUAAAAAAUGGACUUUCCAAUACACUUUGCACUAUUUAUCUCUUCUCCCCAAACUGAUUUUUCAAACAGUGUUCUUCGGAGGGUGGGGAAUAGCAACAUCUAGAAUAAAUCUUAGUAAUUUGGCUAUAUUAAAUUGCCAUAUGGCAAUUGAACAUCCCCAUUGCUUGGUACACCUGGAGAGGCUCUGGCAGGGGUCAGCAACAUUUUCCAGCUAUGGGCCAGUCCACCGUCCCUCAGACCAUGUGGUGGGCCGGCUAUAUUUUUUGGGGGGGGGGGGAGAAAUGAAUGAAUUCCUGUGCCCCACAAAUAACCCAGAGAUGCACUUUAAAUAAAAGCACACAAUCUACUCAUGUAAAAACACCAGGCAGGCCCCACAAAUAACCCAGCGAUGCAUUUUAAAUAAAAGGACACAUUCUACUCAUGUAAAAACAUGCUGAUUCCCGGACCCUCCACGGGCAGGAUUGAGAAGGCGAUUGGGCCGCAUCCGGCCCCUGGGCCUUAGGUUGCCUACCCCUGCUCUAUGGAAUAGUGAAGUUUAACACACACAAAAUGCCAGUGAAGCAAAAUGGAUGGGACCUAAGCGUUUAACUGAAGUUAUUUUUCUUUUCAUUACAGUUAUAGAAACUAGUUUAGUUAAUGUUCCAGGUAGGUAGAUAAAUGUCAUAGGGCCUAUCAGCAAGUAAGGAGACCAGAAGGUAUAGAGAAGAUGUGUAUAGAUUGCCUACAAGGAAAGGCCUUUAUGGCUUUUCCAUGUUUCUGAAUCUUGAUGGCAGACUUGAUCCAUUUUUUAAAGCAAACCUUCAGUUUGCGCCACAGAAACCAGAUAUGCAAGAGACAGCUUCCAGUCAUCCAGAAGCCGUUUUCCUUCUCCUGGCAAAACCAGCUCACCACCUGGGUUAGAUUGCUGCUGCCCCUCUGUCUCCCACUAUUCUUCAUCGCUUGGGGGAGGAACCAGUGGCCCUCCAGACAUUAUUAGAUUCCAACACUCUCUAGCCAAUAAGGUGAAGGAUGAUGGGUGUUGUAGUAACAUCUGAAGGACCAGAGCUUCCUUACCCCUUCCUUCAUCAGGCUGUUAUAUAUAGUAUAGCACACAAAACCAUCUUUGUUUUUCAAUAAAAUGAUGUUGAGGAUUUAUGUUCAGGCUGAGUUUUGUGAUAUUAGGUACAGGAAACAAAACAUGAUGAAGUUGAAAAAAUGUUUCUGAUCUAAGUUUAUUAAUUCAAUAAAUUGAUUUCUUAUUUUAAAAACCCAUGUCUAUGUGGUUUCCCCCUGAAUCUCCCUCUUCUGACUACAAAUCCCUCCCUCAAGCUUCCAUUUCCCAUCUUGCCUUCGCCUCAUUGUAGCACCUCCUUUCAUUUGAUCUGUGACCCCAAAAAAUAAAUAAAUAGAAAUCAGUCCUCAGUAUCCCUAAAUUUUAAGUUUCACAACUGUAGUAGUCUGACACAAUUGGCAGUUGUAUGUUAUUCUCUCUUUGGGUUUUUUAAAUUUCGCCAUCUGGAAUGAACAGACAUUGGGGUUAUGUCAUCUCUUUGGGAUUGAGGGUGCAAGAGCUAAUUGCUAAAAGCUCCUUUGUGUCCAAGGGAAAGUUGGACAAGGAAUUAGGUUCUCCAGGCCUUCUGAGAGUUCUUCAAAGAUAGUCCCACACAUUGCAGUAGCCAAGACUAGAUGUUACUAGGGCAGGGGUAGGGAACAUUUUUCAGCCGAAAGCCUGCAUUCCUUCAGGGGCAACCUUUUGGAGGCAACCAGUUUUAAGGGAAUGACCUUUGUCCACUUUGGAACUAAGUAUAGGGAACCAGCCCUUUGCUGGUGUAGUGAUAGAAACAAAGGGUCCUUUAAGGCCAUGUAAUCUGACCCCGCUUUUUUCAAGAAAUCCAGAGUUACAUUCAAGCUUCUUUCAGUUAUUUCAAUGCAGAGGAGACAUCACAAAAUCUUCAUGCUUUGGGUGAAAGCAAACGUGUGUGUUUUAAUUUUUAAAAGGCAAAAAUGAGGUUUAAUUUUAGACAUAAGCUAAUCAAAGGGAAAAGGUAAUCCACAGUACAUUCCACAUUCCUCACAAUUGUCUUCCCAUUACACAAGCAACAUUGAGUUAAUUUUACUAAGUAGCUAAAUUAUAGACACUCAGAGAUAAUCAAAAAUGAUGUAAAUUCCAACUUUCAGAAGUAAUCAUACUGUGUGUUUUUUUUUGAAAGGGGGAGUUCACAACACCUGAAAGAAACAGCUGCAUAACUAUAUAUAGCAUGCCUAUCUCAGGCAGUUGCUUCUGCAUCCUUUAUUCACACCAUCUGCACAUCACUCACUAUGACUUUUUUUCUUUAAGACCCAGCGCUCAUUUCUGUUAAGACCGAAACUCUUGCAAUGCCCUGGGCUUCUUGCCCCCCAGCAAAAAGAUGCAUCAUCUCCAUAUCCCUCACAGCCUAACCUGGAUGAAGUUGAGAGGGCCAGAAAUGGUCCAGUACUGCAAUUGGGUCAGCUGGAGACAGUGAGGGUGUGAGAGAGUAGCUGGGCUCGAGGUUUUUCAUUUUCAAAGGGAACAAAGUAAAUCCUUUAAUUAACCAAACCUUUUUAGAAAUGCACACAACGUAUCAGGAAAAGCACCUUGCAGAUUGAAAAGCUGGUAUGAAAAGCCCUCCCUGCAAAACUUUGAUCUAAUUAGUUCAGAGUUCUUUAAAAAGAGAAAGAGAGCACUAGGCAAAUAUGUGUGCUUUGAGAAGAGCAACAUAUGUUUAACGAGCAGUAACCUAGAAAUAUUUGAUGUCUAGAGAACACCUUGAGCUGUAUCCAGUGCUGCUACUUCCUGCUCGGAAUACAUGCUCUGAAAUUAACAGACACGGCUAACUCGCAUUCAUUUAUUUCAAUGGGUCUACUCCAAGUAGGACCAACACUGGAUACGAUCCAGUAAUAGAACUAUAUGGAGUGGGUCUACGGAACCUGCAGCUCUACAGAGAUUGUUGAACUGCAAAUCCCAUCAUCCCUGACCAUGGGGCUAUGCUGGCUUGGCUGGAUGAGGGCUGAAGGCCCAAUACCAUCUAGAGGGCCACCAAUUCCCUAUUCCCAAUUAUUGGUUCAAGCCUGGAACUGGAAACUAAUCCACACUUGAAGGUCUCGCUGGGGAGCCUGAAACCACAAAUUGUUCUCAGAACUGGCACUGUGCCCCCUUUUAACAUGCCAUCAAUAUGCAGCAGUUUUGCUCACAGGGAAAUUUCCUUCUAAGCCAACUUAAAAGGAUGGUUUCAAAACCCUUCAAACAAGCCUUCCCCAACCUUCCCUCCAGCUGAAUUCUGGAGACUUGAAGGGCCAGUGGUGGUAAUGGUAGAACAGACUUUCCUGAAGGUCAAGAGUGGGAGAGGUAAGCCUUCAAGUCAGGAAAGGGAAUUAGUUUCCUUAGCAUUAGGAGGUGGCCCAGAGGCCUUUUUUUGUCUUCUGUCAUUGUUGUGCCAAGUGACAUUUAAAUGCAGAUUCUGUCAUGUGCCUUAAAAGCACGUUAGGAAAUGUUCCUGGGAAUGGUGCUUUAUCAGUCUUCCCCAACCUGGGGCCUUCUGGAUAUUGUUGGACUACAACCCCCAUCAUCCAUAACCAUUUGCCACUCUAGGUAUGGGAGUAUGCAAACACCUGGAGGGUGGCAGGUUGCCCUAAACCUAGGAUGGGGAUAUGGAUCUGGCCAGAGAGCUGCAUCCUUACCUCCCCCACCUGUCAUGGGCCAGGUUUGACAGGUGGGCAGAGCCACCAACAUCUCAGUCACCCAACAUCACAAUGUCAGGUGACCUUUUUUGCCCACAGGGGUCUACAGUAGCCCCUUUCAAAGCACUGUAUUGAGAAAUGGUUUGAAAGGGGCUCUUUGAGAUCUAGCGAUCAGUCUGCAAAGCCAACUUUCAGCCUGCAGAGCUUUUUCACCUGCCCCAGACCUGAUGCCACACUUGGCAUUUGCUAGGUGGGCAUGGCAUGGCUGAAAUGAUACUGCAGAACAAAUAGGAAGCCUGAGGGUCAGAGGCUCCCUGCUGUGAGCAGUCUUAUUCCUAGGGACCUCCAGGAUUGUCUGUUGCCAUAUGUACCUACCUGGGCUUUUAAGACCUGCUUCAAAGGCCUCUGCUCCCUGGCAUUGUCACCUUCAGCAAUCAAUCAGAUGAGACGGAGGACCUUCUUGAUAGUGGCACCAAGGUUCUGAGAUGCUCUGUCUGUAGAAGUUCCCCAGACUGUGUUCCCAUAAAUUCCUCCACUUUUCUUAUGACCACCAGCCCCACCCUGUUUAAUCUCAACAUAAAUAAUGCAGUUCAGGAACUUCCGUCUCUCUCCCAGCCCCCCAGGACCUAGCCCUCAACUGCCAAUCAAUAAAUUCUAGUAGUGCUUUAUCUUCUUCUUUGGCGAUCACUCGUAACUGAGUAAGAUUUGUCUUCCAUAAACACGGUUUUAACAAUGAGUCCAUAACUUACUGUGGAGGCCAAUUCUGGAUCCACAUGUCCUUCCACAGUGGGGACAUUGGUUUCCAGGCAGGAGUAGAUCACGGUGUGGAUUUGCCAAGUGUGCCUUCCUCUUAGCACAUUUCUCCCUUGCGUCCUGAGUUCGAGUGUCUUCAAAGCUCAUGGCACUUUUGGUAAAAGCUGUUCUCCAAUUGGAGCGCUCGCAGGCAAGUGUUUCCCAAUUCUUAGUGUUUAUACUUCAUUUUUUAAGAUUUGCCUUGAGACAGUCUUUAAACCUCUUUUGUUGACCACCAGCAUUAUGCUUUCCAUUUUUAAGUUUGGAAGUUUUGCUUUGGAAGACGAUAACCAGGCAUCCGCACAACAUGACCAGUCUAACAAAGUUGAUGUUGAAGAAUCAUUGCUUCAACACUGGUGAACUUUGCUUCUUCCAGUACACUGGUAUUAGUUCACCAGUCUUCCCAAGUGAUGUUAUAUGAUGCAGGAACUUGGGGUAGAUCUAGUAGAAACAGAUUUUAUAUAAUCCAAAAUAUGUUCCAGUGCAUAUUAUUUGCAGCUCCACUGAGAACACCUAAUGCAAUACUUUAGAACUGGUAUAGGCAUCCCUUCUUUAAAUGCACACAUUCAUAAAUCCACAGUUCUAUAUGGGGACCGGGGGAUCUUAGCCUAAUGUCAGGCCACCAUUUAGCAAAACUGGUGGGAGGUUUCUUUUUUUUUAAGAAGUGAAGAACUGAGGCAGCUGACCACAACUAGGGCCCAGCGGGAUAUGUCAUCUUUUCGUAGGGCCUGCAAGACGGAGCUGUUCCGCUUGGCCUUUGGACUGACUCAGUCUGACCCUGGUGUUACCCUCCCCUAAGGCUUUAUCGUACAGAUAUUUAAAUGAGGUUGCACUUGUAGAUUCCUAAUUUUAAAAUUGAAUUUUAACAUUGUAUUUAAUCUGCAUUUUAAUUGAAUUGUUUCUUUUAUGCUUGCUUUGAUAUUCUUGUUGUUAGCUGCCCUGA